AUGGGCUCGGUAUUACCUGCAGAGGCUUUAGCCCUGAAGUCUGGAUUUAAAUGCCAGAGUCGGUCCUUGUCUGAUAUUAUCACCUCAGACAUUCUGCACAGUUUCCUGUAUGGACGGUGGAGAAAUGUGAUCGGAGAGCACCUGAUGGAGGAGAGGCAGAGCAGCAUCGGUCCCAAGACAGCCUUCACAGCUGAGGUCCUCGCGCAGUCGUUCGUUGGAGAGGUCCAGAAGCUGUCCAGCCUGGUGCUGCCCAGUGAGGUGAUCAUUGCCCAGAGCUCUAUACCUGGCGAGGGCCUGGGCAUCUUCUCCAAGACCUGGAUCAAGGCAGGCACAGAGAUGGGUCCAUUUACUGGCACGGUCAUCUCCCCUGAACACGUGGACCUGCUAAAGAACAACAACCUCAUGUGGGAGGUGUUCAACGAUGAUGGCACGGUGCGCUACUUCAUUGAUGCCAGUCAGGAGGACCAUCGCAGCUGGAUGACCUACAUCAAGUGUGCCCGCAACGAGCAGGAGCAGAACCUGGAGGUGGUGCAGAUCGGGAGCAGCAUCUUCUACAGGGCCGUGGAGACUAUCCCUCCAGACCAGGAGCUGCUAGUGUGGUACGGAAACUCCCACAACACCUUCCUUGGUAUUCCUGGCGUUCCCGGUACAGAAGAAGAGCAUCAGAAAAAGAGCCGCAAUGAGGACUCCCACUCAUGUGACGGCUCUUCAUCUUGCUCCCCCUCCUCCUCCUCCUCCUCUUCCUCGUCUGCGACCAGCCGCAUGCGUUGCGUAAUCUGCCAUCGGGGCUUCAACUCGCGUAGUAACCUGCGCUCCCACAUGCGCAUCCACACCCUGGACAAGCCCUUCGUCUGCCGCUUCUGCAACCGCCGCUUCAGCCAGUCAUCCACCCUGCGCAACCACGUGCGACUGCACACCGGAGAGCGCCCCUACAAGUGCCACGUGUGCCAGAGCGCCUACUCCCAAUUGGCAGGGCUGCGGGCACACCAGAAGAGUGCCAGGCACAGACCAGGUGCGGGGGGCGCAGACACUGCCUCCCAAAUCUCACCUCCACCCCCACCGAUCACCAGCCUGACCCAACACCAGGUCCCCCUGGUUCACCAUAUCCCCACCAUGGUGCUAUGA